AUGGCGAACGUUCGGGAUAGUGACACAUCUUUGUGGCUCCAUAAUAAACUCGGUAUAUCGAAUGAUUCGUGGACAAGCGGCUCAAUUUGUACUCAAUUAAACGCUGAAGUAUUAAAGAAUAUCAAGGAUUGUUUUCCAGAUCUACAGACACAAGUGAAAUUGAAAUUAUUGCUAAGUUUCUUUCAUAUCCCGCGCAGAAAUGUUGAAGAGUGGCGAAAUGAACUUGAAGAAAUCAUCGAAGUUGCAGCCGUCGACUCAGACCUGUGGGUGGCUAUGUUGGCAGAAACGCUCAAGACUUUUCCUUCGGCGGGCACCCUUAAUACAGAGAUAGCAGAAUUUGAUGAGACUAGACCAAUAUUCAGUGAUAUGAUCAGUGAGCUUCGGAGAGCACUGGCAAAACAUUCAGACCUCGGACUGUUACCACUCGAGUGCCUAUAUUUAAAUAAGAAUGCUUUGGUUUCUGUGGUGGGCCAACAGCCGAACCCAGUGAAGCAUUUUACCCUUAAACGCAAGCCGAAGUCAGUUGCCUUACGUAGCGAGCUGUUGGCCAAAGCUACAGAAGUACAAGCCAACCAGAAGAAAGCACAGGCCCCCACUGUUCCUGUACGAAGCCGUGGCAUGCCUAGGAAAAUGACUGACACUACUCCCCUAAAAGGUUUGCCAUCCAGGUUUUCUGGCGCUAGGGGUGGAGGAUGGCGAGCUGGCGCUGCAAGACCUCCUCCCCGCGCUGGUAUCAAACUGCUGGACAUUACAGAGCAACCUGCCACUCACGCACAGAUUAAGAAGAGAAGAAAACUGGAAAUGGAAGAAGGGGCGAAGAAAGCUGCUCCUCCACCUUCGUCAUCGCCACCUCCGCCAGAUUAUGCUAAAGGACUGAACAACUAUACUAUGCCUAAACCUGACGAAAAUGCUACUGCGCCUGCAACAGCAGAGAGCGGCGCAGCUCCGGCCUCGCCCUCCAGCGCCGAGCGGCCCGCCUCCGCGCAGCCCCCGCCGCCCUCGCCCCGCGCCGCCCCCGCCGCCGCCCCCGCCACCCCCGCCGCAGACCGCCCCGCGCCCCUCACCAGCCCUCUGCUAGUACAGGGCACGGGCGCGAAGCCGAUAGUGAUAGGGCAGCAGCAGCCCAAGCUGCUCAUCACGGGCUCGGCGGGCGGCAAGCCGCUACUAUUGUCGGCGCAGAACCUCCUCAACACCUCCACCGUCAUACUGCAACCCGGCGGGAAGGCCGUGCUGCUGCAGAAUAUCAAACCUGUAACACAGACAGUUGUUCAACAAGCAGCGGCGCGACAGGUCAUCCCCACUCUGCAGACGCAGCCACCACCUCUACAACAUCAAAUAGCACAACCUGUACAAAUAGCGCAACCAGUCCAGCAACAAACAACCGUUCAAGCGUCGACGCCCGUACAACAAACAGUGCAACAGCCCGUGCAACAAACGCCGCAACCAAAUGUUCAAACAACGACGCAAACACCGCUGUUGCCGCGUAGAGGCCUCUCACUCACGCGUGAACAAAUGAUGGAGGCACAGGAUAUGUUCCGAAACGCAAAUCGUGUCACAAGGCCUGAGAAAGCGCUCAUACUUGGCUUCAUGGCGGGCUCCAGAGAUAACCCGUGUCCGAACCUAGGUAACAUAGUUACGAUAAAACUAUCUGAAAAUAUAGAAAAUGUCUUACAAUCCGACGACACAUAUCUCACCAUGCUCUCUGAAAUGCACUUCCAAAUGAACUACAAUAACGGUCAAUGGACACGUCUGAAGAAAUACAGACACAUAGACGGGAUGGUCCCACAGAAAAUACCACCAGGAUCAACAGUAAUAAGUACCAAUAACCAACAACCUGUAGUAUCUAUAGCCAAUCAAAGUGUCAGUUAA